GUGGCUACUUAUCCUUGAUGCCUUCAUGUUCAAUCGGUUUGAAUCGUGAACGUCAGGAACGGCCAGUAUAUCAGAUCCCUUCGCUCCCUCUCGUGAGUUGCAGGGUUCACAGCAAACAAAAUGUCUGACACAGAAGAAGUCGCGGAGGAGGAGGUUGCAGAGGAAGAGGAAGGAUCAAAGCCCAAGCCUAAGUUCAUGCAAAACGUCAGCGCGCCCAAGAUUCCAGAUGGAGAUAAAGUCGAUUUCGAUGACAUCCAUAGAAAGCGUCUGGACAAGGACCUGUCUGAGCUUCAGUCUCUGAUCGAGGCUCACUUCGUCCAGAGGAAGAAGGAGGAAGAGGAGCUCAUCGCACUCGUCAGCAGGAUUGAGAAACGUCGCACUGAGAGAUCCGAGCAGCAGAGAAUCCGCGCAGAACGAGAGAAGGAGAGACAGAUCAGACUUGCAGAGGAGAAGGAGAGGAGGGAGAUGGAGGACCAACGCAAGAAGCAGGAUGAUGAUCUGAAGAAGAAGAAGGUUCUGACCAACAUGACCCACCAGCAGAAGGGUGACACCAGAAAGGGCGCCAAGAAGCAGACAGAGAGGGAGAAGAAGAAGAAGAUCCUGGCUGAUCGGAAGAAACCUCUCAACGUCGACCAUCUCAACGAGGACAAACUGAAGGAGAAGGCCAAUGAGAUGUGGCAGUGGAUGAUGGAUCUGGAGGCCACCAAGUAUGACCUCGCUGAGAAGUUCAAAAGGCAAAAGUAUGACAUUAACCAGCUUCUGGCUCGUGUCUCGGAUCACCAGAGUGCCAAAGGUCGCGGCAAGGGCAAAUUGGCGGGCCGGCUGAGGUGAAGGAGCUCCCCGGAGGGAGUCGGGGGCGGAGCUUGAGUCGGGGGCGGGGCUUGACUCUGCUCAGGAGCCCGGGGCCCCGGGUGAUUCUGGGUGGUCGUUCCUCCUUUUUGUGUUGAGCUACAUUUCAAAACAUCUGUGUAUCACGUCAAUAAACAGGUCAUCAUACAUUCAUAUCAGGAGUCUCAGUG